UCCAACUCUUUCUCUGAUACCAGAUAUGGCCGCCAUGAACUCAAGCGUUUUGGCUUGCAGCCACGCCAUCUCAGCCUCAUCCAUGGCCGGCCUCAAGCCCAGCUCCACCUCCGCCCCAUCAGCUUCAAUAAAAUUGCCUUCUAUAAGAGCCCAGAAAGCUCAGUCUAUGGAAACGAAGGAAGCAGGUGAAGGGAGAAGGGCGGCUCUUGCCGGCUUAGCUGCCGUCGUCUUCUCCGCCUCCGCCUCUUCAGCUAACGCUGGCAUCAUUGAAGAGUACCUUGAAAGGAGCAAAGCGAAUAAGGAAUUGAAUGACCAGAAGAGGUUGGCUACCAGCGGUGCAAACUUGGCACGUGCGUACACUGUGGAGUUUGGCACGUGCAAGUUCCCAGAGAACUUCACCGGGUGCCAAGAUUUGGCUAAGCAGAAGAAGGUGAAGUUCCUCACCGAAGACUUGGAAUUGGAAUGCGAAGGGAAGGAUAAGUACAAGUGCGGAUCGAACGUUUUCUGGAAAUGGUGAAAUGGACAACAAAACUUCUAAAUCACCUCAUAUUUGUGCAUGCAACGAGUUCACUUUGAAAGUUUUAGAUUCCAUUCACCUUAGUUUC